GGAAAGAGGCAGCGGACGUGCUUCGCGAAAGAGCAGCUGGGCAGCUUCGGCAGCACUUCGGGAUUUCCGUCGAUCUAUCCGCGGCUCAACUGCACCUUCCAGCGCUUGCACACUCAUGCGUCACCCUCACCCUUCGCCAUGAGCGUCGCUGGACCAGCCGACGGACUGAACGAUGUCUACGAAGCGCUCGAGAAUUACAAUUGGGACGACGAUGUCGAGUUCCAGUCCGGCCUGAGCGCCAUUCUGGGCAGCAACAGCACGCCUGAACAGGCGGCUGAGCUGACGCUGCGGGCACGAUGCUUCUACUAUGCUAGAAAAUUCAUCAUAAACAUUGAUUUUGAUGCGUACAAGGCAUACCGAAAUGCGCGAGGCCGACCCCCGCCUGUACCGAACAGCGUGCCAGCUUCCUCAGCUCCAGCAAGCACCGACACCGCUGGUGGCAUACUGCCAGUCCCACCAUCGAACCCAAAUGAGCCACCUGCUCCAUAUCCUACUUCUUUCGCACACAUUGUAGAGUUGGUGACGACGGGACAACCUAUUCCUGGCAUCAAGGAGAUACCGAAUACUGUCUUGACAGGGCAGAGCUCGCAGCCUACACAGUCGAGGCGGAAGAAGCCAUGGGAGAAGGACACGGCCACGUCGGCUGAAGCAGCCGGCCAAGGAAUGACGGCAUGACGGGUUCCAAUUGUGCGACCUUUUCCGAUGGCCACGCUGGCCCUUUCCGUUUGAUAUCCGUAGUUCAAGAUCGGACAGACUUAGAAGAACAUUUAUGUAUAUAACCUAGAAUUCCGUCCGAAAGCCUAACGAAUAAUGAACAUGGCAAGGGUAUCCUCAAAGUUAUA